ACUGGGAAAAUUAGGGAUCCACACCCUUUUGAACGCCAGAAAACUCUCUUUUCUAAAGAUAUUUUUGGCUAUUGAGGAGGGGGCGCCUGCCCCCUCUUUCUUCCACCUCGCUAGGCCACUGCAUAGUAUCUUUUUUUCAUUUUUUUUUCAUUCACGCCCUACUUUUUGUGGUGUCACAUCAGUUUCUUUUCUUUAAUUUUCUAUUGAUAAAGAUCGUUUAACCCAAUAUCUUGAUAAAACCUGUAAAUUUCCUUACAGCGGGAAAUGCCCCUCCCUUUGGCCAUUGCCCCCACAUUUUGGCAUAAUAACCGAGAUUUUUCCGAAAUAAUUUGUUAUGGGUGUUAAAUUUUAUCUUGGCCCCUCCACUUUUCAACCUGUGUCGGAGCCCAUGGUACUGCAAGGCCCUCAAAGCGUAUUGUUUUAUUUUCACUUUAAUUUAGAUUUGUUUCAUUUCAUUUUAAUCUUAAAAAUAUUUCCGUUGGAAUAAAGUUGAGUUUAGUAAAAAUUGUAACUGCAAUCCAAUAGCACCUUCAUAAAAAGGCUGUAAUAUGCCUUAAACAUUGCAAGAUAUUCACACAAUAAUAGUCUUUAUAGUGAAAACUACUUAAGUUUAAAAUAUAAGGACUGGAUCGACGGGGCUAAAUUCAUUUCCGAAUUAUGUUGGUUUUAUGUGCAUAUGUUCUGAGGCAAGUUGGAAAUUGAGGACCGAUGGCAGAUUAAGGACUCUUAACAAGUGAGGACCCGCCUGUGUUAUGUAACACAAAAAGAAUCAAAACACCAAAGCGGAAGCUAGCCGGACGCAUUUUUCCUAGAAUUGGCCAAAACAGCGAUGUUGAUGAACCUGCUCUAGAGUCGAGAAUGAAUUUCGCAAAUUUUGGGUUGCUUAUACAUGGAGUGUUUGUCAUCAAUCUUGCUAUAUCAACCAGGAGUCAAGUUUGCAAUGUCACUGACACAAGUCGUCUCUACUGUGGAUGGCAGGGCAUAAAUGAAACCAUAUGCACAACAAGAAACGGGUGUUGCUGGAAGUCUUCAACAACUGGUGGGAGUAUUCCUUGGUGCUUUUACGAUUCAAAUAUAUCUGCAAUUCUGAAGUCAGAAUCUGUCUGUGAGCAUGCAGGUCCAGCAAGACUUGUUUGUAAUAACAAUCAAAGAGUGGAUAUUCACGAUGCGUUUUACGGUCGAAAUAAUGACAACAAAACGUGUCACAAUUCCGGCACUAUAACCUGCUUUAACCCAAAUGCAACUGAGAUCGUCAGAAGGAUAUGCAAGAUGAAUUCUACAUGUACCGUGUCACCAAAGGGUAGUAUUUGGAAUUUCGACUCGAGCUGCGAUAUGCUUAAUGCACAGCUGAAGAUUCACUACUUUUGUGUUGCUAAAGGUCAAAUUUCAAGUACACAAAUCCACGCAAGUUCAACACCUCACCACGCAAGCCCCACUAAGAACCACCUAAGCACAAGCUUGUAUUCACCCACCUUGGUAAAACCUACUGUUCGCCAGUCUCCUGAGGGAUCUACGAUGCAAACGGCAAAAACUACAGCAAGAGGUCUGGGUUCUGUUACCACUAAGACUGUUUUAGUUACUGCAACACAUAUUGUUAGUUCCAGUGUUGAAUUCCAAGCAAAGGGCACGCAAACAGAUUCUCGUUCAUCAAAGAUUCAUUCACUUCAUCUCGAAUUGAAGAAAAAAGACCAUGUUAUAAUUGGGUUGACGGUCGCAGUUUCCAUUAUGGGAUGCGUAAUAAUUACCUUUCUGUUCCUCUUUUUCCGAAAUGACAGAGGAAAAGAUACAGAUCAGUUAAGCGGUUCGAAAACUGCAGAGCAUGAGAUGGGCACAACCAAUUGCUAUGAUGUGAUGGAUCUGACAACUGAAAAUCCUUACUAUGAUAGUACCUAGCAUAUCGAAAUGACAUUGAAUGUUGUAAAUUUGGUCAACGGAAUCUAGCUUAAAUAAUAUGUUAUUAAUAAAUUAUAAAAUGUUACUUACUUUAAGUCUUGUUAAUUUUAAGAUUAAUUGUCUAUGAACUUAGGGUCACACGUUUUUGAGUGAAAAAACCUUUGAAGUUAAGAAA